CACAAUAAACAUAUUAUCAUUUAUUUUUUGUUAAAAUUACUAAAAGAAAACACUGAAUAAAAUGUAAAAAAAUGUACAAUGUUCCAAUAUUAAAUUAAACCAUUUAAAUAAAAAGACAGUAAAAUUAUUGUGUUGUUUUGUAGUGAACCGACGACAAUUGUUAGCCCUCUGAAAAACUUACCUCUAAGAAAAUCUAACAAAAACUAUGUUUAUUCAAGAUUUACGGCAAGGUUUUUAUAAUCAAUUGAUUGGCAAAAGGAUUUUAAUUAUUGUCAAUUAUGAUAUCGAUGCAAUUUGCGCUAGUAAAAUUCUACAGGCUCUAUUUAAAUAUGACCACAUGCUGUAUUCAGUUGUACCCAUUAUGGGCUUGGCAGGUCUGCAGAGGGCAUAUAAUGAGCAUCAAGGUGAUGUAAAGUUUGUGUUAUUGUUAAAUUGUGGUGGCUGUGUUGAUAUUGUGGAAUUGCUGCAACCAGAAGAAGAUGUGACAUUUUUCAUAUGUGAUUCUCAUCGACCAUUGGAUGUGUGCAAUAUAUACAGUGAUCGCCAGGUUUGCAUAUUAGGCGAUCCUUCGUCUGAAGAAAAUAUACCAUCAUUUGAAACAAUAUUUUGUGAAUCGGAUUCCGAGGAAGAUGACGAUGGUGAUGACGAAGAUGAGGAAAUCAACGACAGCGGUGCUGGAGAAUCGGAUGCCGAAAACGAAGAUGUCAACUCGCGGCCUGAGCGGCCAAAAAAAUUAACUCGCAUGGAAAAACAUGAGCAGCGUAUAAUGAAACAACGUCAAAGACGUGCUUGGGAAAACGAACGCGAUCGCAUAAUGUUUGAAUACACACAGUACAGUUUCUAUGGACGCUCCUCGGCUUUAGCCAUAUUCGAAUUGGCCUGGAAACUGUCUAAGGAUAAUAUGGAUCUGUUAUGGUGGGCCAUUGUGGGCAUUACGGAACAGUUGAUUUUGGGCAAGAUUGAAAGCAGUGCGUAUACUUUAGAAAUUGAUAAUAUACAAUCACAUGUCUCUCGUUUAACAAAUAAAACUAACGAUCAGAGUAAUUUGAGUGCAUCGAAGAUACAUUUUGAAAAUGAUUUGCAUUUGGUUUUGUAUCGCCAUUGGAGUGUGCUGGAAUCGAUGCGCUACUCCAUGUAUGUGGCGUGCAAAUUGAAAUUAUGGACUUUGAGAGGUGAGAAGAAAUUACACGAGUUGUUGGUGGAAAUGGGUUUGCCCUUGAUACAUGCCCGUCAAACUUACACAUCCAUGGAUUUGGUAUUGCGACACGAAUUCUUUUCUAUGAUAGAGCGCUGUGCUGAGAAGUAUGGUAUACCAGAUGUUAUUUAUGGUUCCUUUACAUUACAAUACGGUUAUCGUAAUCGUUACUCGGCCGCAGAUUAUGUUUAUUCCAUGUUGGCCAUUUUAGAGCCAGUUAAGAAGGACAAGACACCCGAGGAUUGUUUUCUCGAGACUUUAGAUGGCCUGGGUCGUAAUCACAAGGAUAUUUUAAAUGCUGGCAUAGAAGGAGCUAAACUUUUACACCAAGCAAUUUUUAAACAAGUACAAAGUAGUUUAGAAGCCCAUCAAAUUCAUUCAACUGGUUCGUUUUUCUACUAUAUACUCAAUGAAGAAAAUACCUACUUCUCGUAUCCGUAUGGCUUAAGCAUGCUGGCAAAAUUUAUUUUAAACGGUCAUGUUGCAGUCUCACGCAGCCGCCAGGCACGCGAUCUACCAAUGAUUGCUAGCUGUCCCAUAGACACCGAUAGUGGCCUUUGCCUUUUGGUUGGCAUACCUCCCGUACGCGAGGAUUCGCCGAAGAAUUUCUUUGGCAAAGCAUUCGAGCAGGCUGCUCAAAAAUGCAAUGCAGCUACGUUACAGGAUCAUUUUGAAAGUUCCCUUAUACAAAUACGUCAAAAUGAUCUAACACGAUUUUUUGACGCGUUGACCGUACUUCUAACGUAAUUUAAUGUUUUUUUUUAAUGCUUUUCUUUUUAAGAUUUUUUUUUACAAAAUUAGUAUAAUAUUCCACUUGAAAUCUUGAAUCAAAUCUAGCAUUUGGAAAUUCUUAAACAGCUUUUGAUAAGUUUAGAAUGACCAACUGUUAUUUAUAAAAUUUAAUUUGUUUAGUUUAUACAUAUAUUUAAUUAAGAUACUUAAGGGACCUUUUCUAAGAAAUGCAUAAUUGUUAUUUGCCAGAAAUUAUAAACUCUACACUACGAAGCAAAUUUCCACAUUUAACUUAUUGUUUCUUAUAUGUUUUAGGAUUAAUGGACUUUAGUUUUUAGUGAACAUUAUUUGUUAAACGAUUUAAAAAUAACCUUAUACAUUUUAGCUUUUAUUUGUUAUUAUAAAAACAAUCAUAUGUCAUAUUUAACCACAUACAGAUAAAAUACAAAACAUUUACCAUUAUUUCAUCACAA